AUGCCCCGCGCUGACGCGAAGGCUCUCGCCCGUCGGAAACGCCGCGAGGAGAUUACUACCCACUUUUUCCCAGCCCCUCUCGCACGCAACCGCUACCGCGUGCACUCGCUCAUCGGCGAGGGCGCGUAUGGCGUAGUUUGCUCUGCUAUCGACACCACGACCAACCAUCGUGUCGCUGUCAAGCGUAUUCUCAAAUGUCUGGGCACGCACCCUAUGGCUACACGCGUAUUACGCGAGCUCAAGUUUCUGCGCAUGCUCUCUGCGCACCAAAACAUCAUCCAGGUCAAGGACGUACUGCUCCCGAGCGAUAUUGAUAGAUUUAACGACACGUUUGUCGUGUUUGAGCUCAUGCCGACCGAUCUCAACCGCCUGCUCAAGACGGACACCACGCUGACGCACGCACACAUCAAGUACUUUAUGUUUCAGCUGCUGUGCGGGAUCAAUUUCAUGCAUGACGCGCGCGUAUUCCACCGCGACCUCAAGCCAAACAACGUGCUGAUCAACGGCCGUUGCCAGCUGCGCAUCUGCGACUUUGGUCUUGCACGCGCGGCGUUUGAGGACGGACCUGACACGCUGUUCUGGACGGACUAUGUGGCGACGCGGUGGUACCGUGCGCCGGAGCUGAUCAUGGCGUACUACACCAAAUACUCGACGGCGAUCGACUUGUGGUCGGUGGGAUGCAUCUUUGCGGAAAUGUUGGGCGGCGGCAAGGUGCUAUUUGAAGGGAAGAACUCACGGCAUCAGAUCGAGUUGAUCACAGACGUGAUCGGGCCGCCGCCCGCGAGCGCGAUUCAGAAGCUGCGAGACCCGCAGGCGCGACGGGUGUUGUCGGAGUUUCAAAACAUGACGCAACCGCAACGGCCGUUGGAUACGCUGUUUCCGGAUGCGGAUCCGCUUGCGAUCGACGUGUUGCGCGGGAUGCUUGCGUUUGACCCUGAUGAAAGGAUCUCUGCGGUCGAGGCGUUGCGAUACCCUUACUUCUCCGAGUAUUUACACUUGGGACUGGGGGCAAAAGCCGAGCCACUACCCGCGAGUGAGUUUAAUUUUGAGCGGUCUAAGCUGUCACCCGACCAAAUGCGGGAAGAGUUUCUGCGUGAGAUCUUGCAUUACCACCCCGAGGCGUCGGUAGAGGUACUGCGGCGAUGGUCGACAGGGCAUGCUUAUCAGGUGCGGUCAGCGGUGGACCAGUUUGGACGGGAGGUGAGUCGGCUGGUGCAAAAUAAUCCCGGGAUGCCGAUCGCCAGUCAGACGCUACAGGAGAGAGUGAUGGAGGAGAUUACGCAGGAGAAUCGGAUGGUGGAGACGUAUGCGGAGCGAAGGCAACAUGUGACGAUGACGGAGAGUGAGAUGAGUCAGUUUAUGCAGCGAUGAGUAGUGUACGGUAGAUGGACACUGUAGGUACGGGAAUGGGCGGUGUAAAAAAGUAUUUAGGGGACGAGGGGAAGGCGGUUCCGGGUUGAGGAUAUAUGAAGAGGCGUGGUGGAGUGGUUUUGGUAUUUGGAUAGGGGAGUGCAGUAGAGUAUGUAGGAGUCGGGUAGAAGCAAGUGCUAAAAGGACUAGCUAUGACUUGA